UCAAUAUGUCUGAGGCAGCUGUCAAUAUUCAGUCUAACAUCUCUACAUUACUGAUCACUGGAUUUGGCCAAAUGGGCAACCUGAAAUACGUGUAUUUUGUUUUAGCCCUUUUUGCAUUCAUUCUCACAAUUUUUGUCAAUGCAGGAUUGAUUGCAGUCAUCUGGUUAAAAGAAAGCCUGCACCAGCCCAUGUACAUCUUUCUAUGUCAUUUGUCUCUCAAUGGCCUAUAUGGGAGUACAGCACUGUACCCCAAAUUGCUGCAUGACUUCCUCACUGAAGUACAAGUCAUAACUCGCAUUGGCUGUCUUGCACAGCUGUACUGCAUCCACACCUAUGCUGCAUUAGAAUGCACCCUACUGACAGUGAUGGCGAUUGACAGAUUCUUGUCAAUCUGCAGACCCCUGCAGUACCACAGCAUCAUGACAUCAUUAACAGUUUCCAGCUUACUUAUUUUCGCCUGGUUGUUUCCUCUUGGUGUAUUUGGUGUAACCGUAGCCCUAACCUCUCGCCUUCCUUUGUGUGGAUAUAGUAUAGAGAAAGUUUACUGUGAUAACUGGUCUUUUACUCGACUGUCAUGUGUCAGCACCACAACGGAAAGCGUGUACAUGGUGUUUGUUACAGUCAUCUUUCCUGGGAUGCCUUUCCUCAUUGUAAUCAUUUCAUAUCAGCAGAUUCUCCAGGCUUGUUUGAAAGCUUCCCCUAAAGCCAGAAGCAAAGCAUUCAAUACCUGUGCCCCUCACAUCAUUACAUUUGUCAACUACUGUGUAAAUUUGCUUUUUGAAAUUAUCAGCCUCAGGCUAGGUGACAAAAAUCUUCCAUCUGCCCUAUGCAGCUUCAUGUCUCUGCAACUUUUCAUAGUGCCUCCUUUGCUCAAUCCCAUUGUUUAUACGAUUAGGCUAACAGAGAUUAGAAGUGCCGUGGUCGAAGUAAUUCAAAGGGCAAAGCUCAUCAUAUGUCCUCACUCACCUUAGAGGUACACUUCCAUGCCUUUUCUAUGCUGCAAAUGUUCCUCUCAAUCCUUUUCUUACUUUUCGAGGCCCUACACCAUAUUUAAAUUAAUGCAUUACUCAUUAUAUUUGUUUCUGAUCAAUUGACUUAACAAAUUGAUUAUUCAAUGUAACAUAAAGACUCAUUUAUAUACCAGAAAUAUGAACUUAAGCAAAAAUAAUAACAUAUUGUUAAGCAUGUGGAUGUGAUUUUAACAUGUGGAUGUGAAUAUAACAAGGCUGAGAGCAGUAACUAAACACAAAUACAUUAUUGCAUAAAUUAGGUUAUUAUACACUCAGCGCCACGAAACUUUGGAUAUUUCUUAUGUAGUGUAAGGUUGCCUCUUAUUUAAUGUUUAGAAAAAUUAAU